GAGCGAUUUGCGGCUUAACUUGGUAGGUUUGCUGAGGGCGACAGACUGCUCAUAUCAACUCAAACUACGCCUAGAGUGAAUCAUUGUGCUCUUGACUGAUAAAAAAAGCACUAAUGCCGCCGACUUAUCCACAUCCUGGCGUCACCAAACAAGUCUACGCUCUUGAAAUCAAGAUGGAUGGCUCUGUAAUGCGCUAGAGGGUGUGGUUUUAAUCCUUGCAUUUACUUUCCACUAAAGCUUUGCAUUGCUUCUCCGCAAAUCAAACUGGCCUUGGCAUUUUGGUAAGUAGGCAAAGCGAUGCCUUCGAAGUAUUUCCGGGAUAUUUUACUAACUGAGAUUCCAGUCUGUUCCAACGCUAGAAAUCUGAAUGAAUUCAGUGUGGUCGGUUAGAACUUAAAUCGCCGCUCAAGGAAGUACUUCGAGUGUAUUGAGAAGAGGUUCAUAAGUCAUCAGGCGUUACUUUGGAGGAGCUUUGGAUGAAAACAAGUAAGCUAUUGCAGAUGGAGGGGUCACUUGUGCUCAUCCACGUGGUUUGCCUGUUGUGGGUCUUCAGCACUUCGGUGGGCCUGGCGGCCGACUCCGUUGAGCCGACGUCAACUUCACCUGAGGGAUCUUGCUGCAACCUUUGCCACCAGCAAGGUCAAACGGGGUCACCAGGUAUACCGGGGAUACCUGGUGUACCGGGAAACAACGGUAGUCCUGGACCAAGCGGCCCCAAGGGGGAGCAGGGAUUGGGCCUCCCGGGGCCGAAGGGGGACGUCGGUGACCGGGGACAGAAAGGAGAUCGUGGUGAACGAGGGCACCAGGGACUAGUGGGGAAACUUGGGCCGCCUGGAGAGAAAGGAGAAAAAGGGGAGCCUGGAGAAUCAACUCUCGUCACGCCAAAACCGCCUUCCAUAGUUGCUUUCAGCGCAUUCCUUUCAACGCAUUUCCGCGGCGGCAAUGGUGAUGUAGUCGUAUUUUCGAACGUCGAGACAAACAUCGGCGACGACUACAAUUCGCAAACGGGCGUCUUCACAUGCUCAGUUGCCGGAGUGUAUUACUUCAGCGUAAAUCUCAUGAGCUUGAACAAUGACGCAGGGGUGUAUCAUCAUCUGAAGAAGAACCGACAAACCAUCAUCACACUACACGACAAUCAGCAAAAUUUCCACCACCAGUCCAGCAAUUCGGCCAUCCUUAUUCUGGCUGUGGGGGACACAGUCUGGCUUGAGGCUGGUGGGCAGAGUCGUGGAAUUUAUGGUGACAGCCGUCAUUUUUCAGAUUUUUCUGGGUUUCUGAUCAGCACAAUGCCAGCCUCGUAAAAAAAAACUGUUUUCCGUUUACGCCCAAGUCUCAAAGUUCCAACCACACUGUUUCCAGUUACGGUUGAUAGAGUUUUUAAAAUACGGCAAUUACAGGUUCUUUGAAACUUGGGUUUGUGGUUGCCGUUGGCACACAAUAGAACCAAGAAUUUAAAGAAUCAAGGUUUUUGAUUAAUGCCGAACUUCAUGUUACAUUAAUCGAACCGUACCUGCAUGCACAAUUAUUUACAGAACAGAAGUAAACUCAAUGAAGGGUCAUUUUUCAAUGCAUGUACGCAUGACAUAAACCUCAUCGAUGUAUAUUUUUAUAUCAAACUGCACGUGAAAAUGUAAUCACUAAAUGCCUAGUUUUUAUCUCGACCAGUCGAGAAUUUAAUGGAGACAGCAUUUGUAAGUUGGAAUUACCUAUGAAAAGCCUAUUUAGCUUUUAGAAAAAAAUUGUAGCAUUAAAAAUAGAGGCUUUAUGUGAGCAAUAUACAUGGAAGUGUACUUCAGAACUGCAAUGGACUAUGUGUUCUUUGAUUGUCUAAUAAGACUGUGGAACCACAUAAACUGAAUGGAACUCGUAAUAUUUUGGACCGAAACAACGAAUGCAAGUGUCAACUCCAGGCCUUCUGUGGACUCCAAAUGGCCUAAAAUUAUCAAGCACCAGUGAAGAGAUUAAAGAUUGCAAGGAACCUAACUGCAGAAAGAUCAA